AGAGAGAGAGAGAGAGAGAGAGAGAAGACGAAGAAUGCCGAAGCGGACGACGCACACGUACUCGAGCGAGGACGCGGCGCCGGACGGGCCCAACUCCGAUCUCUUCGUUUAUUACUGCAAGCACUGCAGUUCCCACGUCCUCAUCACUGAUACUCAAUUGCAGAAAAUGCCAAAGCGCAAGACUGACAAAGCACACGUGCUGGAUAAGACAAAACAUCUUGCUAGGCUCAAUGUUAAGGAGGCAGGAAAAAUUCUUCUAAAACGUGGUGAAGGAAAAUUAGAAAAGCAAUUUCGCAUGAGCUGUACUGGUUGUGAACUUUUUGUCUGUUACCGCUCAGAAGAAACUUUGGAGCAUGCCACUUUCAUUUAUAUUGUUGACGGUGCUCUGAGCUCAGUUGCUGCAGAAACAAACCCACAGGAUGCUCCUGUUCCCCCUUGCAUAUCCCAAUUGGAGGGUGGUCUUGUUCAAGUUGCAAUAGAAGUAGAAGACCGUGCUCAACGUUCAGCAAUAACAAGAGUUAAUGCUGAUGAUGUUCGAGUUACUGUAGCUGCUCCAGCUGCCAGAGGAGAAGCUAAUAGUGAGCUGUUAGAAUUCAUGGGCAAGGUGUUGGGCUUAAGAUUGAGUCAAAUGACCCUUCAGAGAGGUUGGAACAAUAAAUCAAAGCUUCUCAUUAUUGAGGACUUAUCGGCAAGACAAGUCUAUGAGAAGCUUCUCGAAGCUGUGCAGCCUUGAAGCAGCUGAUCAGAAUGAAGCAGACACCACUUUUACUGGAUGAAAAAUCUAAUUGUGAUUGCAGCUGCUGGUGGAUAAUUGCUUUUUAAAACCUGAUCAAGUAUCAUAAUUGAAAAUCUUGUUGCAUGCCGUUGCCAGUUCAUCGUUAUAUUGUCUCCCUGUCUGUAAGAAUAUCGAAGCAAGCUGAGGUGGUGCUUAAUGCAUUGG